AUGUUGCUAUGAGGAAAGGAGUCAGCAAUGACUGAUGUGGAGCCUGUGGUCACAGAUUUUGCAGCAUCAGGACGGGCAGGCCGCCGGAACGCUUUACCAGAUAUUCUGGGCUCUCCUGCUGGUGCUGGGACUUCAGAACUGCCACACAAACUGGCUGAGCUCUCUGUUUCAGAAGAUGAAGGAGCAGAGGGUGGAGAAGUGUCGUCAUCCAAAGCCUUGCUGGAAAGUCAAGAGGCGGAAGGAAAAAGCAGUGAUUCCUAAAACCUAAGGACUGCUGGAUUAAUGAAACCCAUUGACAGACUUUCCAUUUUCUCUGUGAUACCCCUACUGAAGUGUGGUAGCAACUUUAGCAGCACAGACAAGAUUUUGCAGCACACUUGUACCUAGGUGACAUUAAUGUGGAGCUACUGUUUUUUCUACAGUCAUCCUUAAAAACAAAUGUUCUACACAUCCAAAUGGGAAGAAAACUAAAGAAUGUAUCUCUUGUUUUGGGUUUUCUCAUGGUUAUAGUACUCAUCCUAACUAAUCUCCUUUGACAGUUUCAAUUAAUGUACCUAGCAGAUGUACCACCAACUAAUGAUUGCUUCAAAAUAAAAAUCCUGUCUCUUAAUUUCUCGAAAGAGCUCCUUUCUCUCUGAUACAGAGGUGUAUUCAUUCUCCCCACCUUAAGGUGAUAUUAAGUAAGUAUUAGAUUACAGACAUUAACUGUAAUUUAUCUCCUGAGAUUUUUGUUCUCAUCAGGCACAUGUA